AUGAAGAUUACCACAAUGCUCUUCGUACUCUAUGGCCGCCAAGCAGCGGCCUUUUCCACCCGCAUGGCUCGCACUGCAGGGGUUGUUUCCAGACCCAUGGCGACGGCUGUCGAUGGUGAAGCCACACAACAUGAAGAAUCUAUCACCAAGAUGCCCGAUAUGGAAGAUAUUGUGUCCUUGUGCAAAAGAAGAGGUAUCAUUUUCCCAUCGAGUGAAAUCUAUAAUGGAUUUGCCGGAUUCUACGAUUACGGACCACUUGGUGCAGAGUUGAAAAAAAACAUUAAGGAAGCGUGGUGGAAGAAUUUCGUUACACAGAGAGAAGAUGUCGUUGGAGUAGAUUCCAGUAUUAUUCAUAACCCAACAACCUGGAAGUCAAGUGGUCACUUGGAUGGAUUCUCAGAUCCAAUGGUUGAUUGCAAGGAAACCAAGCUGAGAUUCCGUGCCGAUCAAAUUUUCUAUGCCCCUGUCAUUCUGGAAGAAAACGGUGAGAGAGUAGGAUAUGUGUGUGUCCAAGAAGGUAAUGAUGAAACGAUGGUAAAGGAUGCAAAGAAGCAAGCAAAGGCCCUGUUGAAGGAAAAGGACAUGAAAGGAUCCAAGAUCGAAGCAUUCGCUUUCAAGGAAGUAGUUGAAGCUACGGAAGAAGAAAUGGCCGAAAUCCCAUCCCCUGCAAGCGGAAAGCCCACUCUUACCAUGCCUCGUGACUUCAAUCUUAUGUUUGAAACUCGUGUUGGUGCCGCGGUGGAUUCGGAUAACAUUGCUUACCUUCGACCAGAGACCGCGCAAGGAAUUUUCAUCAACUUCAAGAAUGUCCUUGGCAGCAGUCGCCAAAAGAUUCCUUUCGGCAUUGCACAAAUCGGAAAGGCCUUCCGAAAUGAGAUCACGCCUAGAAACUUCAUCUUCCGAUCGCGUGAAUUCGAACAAAUGGAAGUCGAGUACUUUAUCCCUCCCGGCGAUGAUGUCUGGCCUGAAUUCCAUCAGAAGUGGAUGGAUGAUUCCAAGGACUUUCUUCUUUCCCUUGGUCUUCGAGAAGAUUUGAUGGGAUGGGACGUUCAUGAAGGUGAUGGUCUUGCUCACUACGCUCGUGCGUGUACCGACAUUACGUUCAAGUUCCCCUUUGGCGAACAAGAGUUGAUGGGUAUUGCCGCUCGUGGAAACUACGAUCUGACACAGCAUACUGAGGGCUCUGGAAAAACUUUGGAUUACUUUGAUGACCAGACAAAGGAAAAGUACAUCCCACACUGCAUUGAACCUUCGCUGGGAGUUGAUCGCCUCGCUUUGGCCAUUAUUUGCUCAGCCUAUGCAGAAGAUGAAAUUGGUGGAGAAAAGCGAAACUUCUUGAAGUUCAGCCCAAAGAUUGCUCCCAUCAAGGCCGUUGUCUUGCCAUUGCUAAAGAACAAGGAAGCACUUGUGUCAACUGCGCGAGACAUCUUUGAGAAGCUUCAGCAACGCUACAAUGUCGCUUGGGACGCAACUGGUGCCAUUGGUCGUCGUUAUCGUCGAGCUGAUGAAGUUGGUGUUCCUUUCUGUAUUACUGUUGACUUCGAGACCAUUGAAGACGAUGCUGGAGUAACAAUUCGUGACCGCGACAGCACGGAACAAAUUCGAGUUCCUUUGGACGAGGUCAUCCCAUACCUUUCUAAAGCUAUUGAUGGAUACUAA